AGGGUGGGUUGGUAAGCUAUUUCCAUAUAACUGGUGUAAGCUUUAGAAGAACAACAAAACAUGCAAAAUCAAAUGAGUGAAAUGUUUAGAAAGGGGAAAUCCCUUAUUCUUGUUAUAUGUUUGCAAUUUGGGUUUGCGGGAAUGGAUGUUCUUGCGAAAGUUGCUUUGAAUGAUGGAAUGAAUAAUUAUGUGUUUGUUGUUUAUCGCCAUGCUUCCGCCUUCAUUGUCAUGGCCCCUUUCGCCAUUGUUCUAGACAGGAAAACAAGGCCAAAGAUGACGGUCUCUAUUUUCGUCAAGCUUAUGCUCCUUGCACUCUUGGAGCCGGUUAUCGAUCAAAAUCUCUAUAUUUUGGGAAUGAAAGCGACAACCGCAACAUUUGCGGUUUCCAUGUGCAAUGUUCUUCCUGCUAUAACCUUUGUCAUAGCAUGGAUUCUAAGGCUUGAGGUGGUGAACCUAAAGAGUCUCCGGAGCCAGGCUAAAGUAAUCGGAACUCUCACAACGGUUGCAGGAGCGAUGCUAAUGACACUGGUUAAAGGGCCACUUCUAGAGCUGUUUUGGACAAAAGGAAGAACAAAUAAAAGAUAUGAAAUGCACAAUGGGGUCGAUUUGCAGCAUUCCCUCAAGGGUGCGUUUAUGAUCGUCGUCGGAUGUUUCAGUUGGUCUUGCUUCAUGGUUCUACAAGCGAUUACACUAAAGUCAUAUCCGGCUGAGCUGGCUAUGACUGCUUGGAUAUGCUUACUAGCGACGAUUGAGGGAGGUAUAGUGGCGUUGAUCAUGGAGCGGGGGAACCCAGAAGUUUGGGCUAUAAAGUGGAACACCACACUUCUUGCGACACUCUACUGUGGGAUAAUAUGUUCGGGUGUUGCUUACUACGUCCAAGGGAUCAUUAUGAAAGAAAGAGGUCCUGUUUUUGUGACUGCCUUUAAUCCCAUGGGUAUGAUAAUUGUCGCUUUCAUGGGAUCGAUUUUUCUAGCCGAGAAAACAUACCUCGGAAGGGUUCUUGGAGCAGUUGUCAUAGUCAUAGGGCUUUAUAUGGUUGUUUGGGGUAAAAGCAAUGAUCACAAACUUCCACACCUAGAACCCGAAAAGCAAAUAUUAGGUCAAGAAUCUGAGAUAAAUUGCAAUGACAAGGUUAUCACUAUCAAAUCAUCAGAUGAAGUAUGCGAUAAACAUAGUCAGACGGCUGAUGUUUGAUAGGCGGUAGAAAAUAAGGACAUCAACAUUGGUGUAUGAGACAUGGAUUUUUCUUGAAGGGGAGUUUUUUAACAAAUGUUUUUAAUCCAUUUUAUGUAAUUAUGCAUACUAUGAUAUGGACGUCCAUACUACGUUGGACGAUUUUCAACCCGUUUAUUGGGUUCUUGUUUCAGAUAAGGGUUUUUAUUUGAUCCGUUUGAAACAAAACAUAACUCAAA